AUGGGAAAAAGCAGUAAAGACAAGAGAGACGCGUAUUACCGAUUAGCAAAAGAGCAAGGAUGGAGAGCUCGAUCAGCGUUUAAGUUAAUGCAACUAGAUGAACAAUUUCACUUGUUUGAAGGUGCAAAACGCGUUGUUGAUUUGUGUGCCGCACCUGGGUCUUGGUCGCAAGUAUUGUCACGCAGAUUAAUAGAAAAUUUCGACUCUACAGCAAACAAGGAAGAACGCCCCAAAAUUGUCGCUGUGGAUCUUCAGCCAAUGGCUCCUAUAGACGGUGUUAGCUCUUUGCAAUUAGACAUUACCCAUCCAAAGACGUUGUCCAUUAUAUUGUCUCACUUUGGAAAUGAACCAGCGGAUUUGGUUGUUAGUGACGGUGCUCCAGAUGUUACCGGUUUGCAUGACUUAGAUGAGUAUAUUCAAGCACAGAUCCUGUUGGCGGCGUUUAAUAUGGCUGUAUGCAUUUUGAAACCCGGUGGAAAGUUUGUCGCAAAAAUUUUCCGUGGCAGAGACGUUUCUCUACUUUAUUCACAACUUCGCUUGAUGUUUCGAAAGGUUACAUGUGCAAAGCCCAGAAGUUCCCGUGCAAGUUCCUUGGAGUCUUUUGUCGUUUGCGAAGACUUUUGCCCUCCUCCUAAUUUCCAACCGGAUCUUUCGAAACCUCUUUGUAUAGUAGAUCCGAACUGUUCCCAUGAAAUCGCUCCUUUUAUUGCUUGUGGUGAUUUGGAUAGCUACGACGCCGAUGCUACAUAUCCCAUCGAUUCUGCAUCAAAAGCAACACCAUUAGAAGUUGUGCAACCUCCUACAGCACCACCGUAUAAACGUGCUAUGGAAUUAAAACAACAAGGACUUUUAUAA